UAUUAAUUGACUAAUGCAAUAAAAGAGAAAUAGCGUGCUGAAAAAUUUGGAAUAAUUGUAGUAUUAUGUAAAUAAUGAGAAAUUUUCGGAAGUGAUUAAGUCAUUUCUAAAAUUUAAAGCUACGGCUUUAAAGAUUCUAGAUGAGAUUGAAUAGUCGAUUGUGAAUGCAACAGUGAACUGUACACCAAAGGAAAUGAUUGGGUUGUAUGACGAUUAUGGUACGUUGGAGAUUAUCGAUUGGCUAUAGACUGUAACCAUAAAUGAGGAGAGUUAAAUUUUGAAGGAAAUAAACUAGGGGAAAUAAGACAUUUAAAAGUUAAGAAAUUCUUAUUAGACAACAAUAAAUAAAAACUUGAAUGAUUUGUAGGACAUACUGAAAAACACUCUAAAGUCAAUAGAAAAUCAAGUGGAAUACCAAACUAAUCUAACGAUAAAAAGGCUGUUGAAAAGAGAUGAAAGCAUAGUGUUGGAGAACAAUGGAGUUCUAUUAGAUGCAGGAGUAAUAGCUGUUUGUGUGUUUGAACCGAAAUCAAAUGGAUUGUCUUUGAAAGGAUUGCAUUAGCCAAUCUUCUUUGAUGGGAUAUAUUUUGAGCAGCCAAUAAAUUUCAAGGAUGCUCCUCACAAAAUACGGUUUAGUUUACACAAAGGGUUCAAUCUGAGGGAAAGUCUGUAUGAGGAAGAGUUUUCAAUAUUUGAUCCUGAAUUUGCAAAGGUAGAUGAGAAUAAUUAUUUAAUUGAGUUUAAGCAGAAGAUAAGGUUAGAGAAGGGCAGCAAAUAUUGUUUGUGUGCAUGUGCUGGUCAAGAUGAUUUCUUUGGAACAACCUAAUAUAUGGAAAUCGAAUAGGAUAACCCUUACAUUAAGUUUCAAGAGAAGUCUUAUGAUAAUGGUGAGUUUAUUGCACCAGAUCAUGCCUAUUAGAUAAUUUCUGAACAUAAUAAGGGGAUAUUUUCAGCAUUAAUCGUAAUUGAAGAAUGAUAAUGUGA